AAGGUUGGCGGACAGAAAAGAAGGGGGACCGCGCACAUCAUGAUCCGAAACCUCAACGCAUGAAAGCCGAUCACUAACAUCCUCAACUCCAGCUCUCAUCUGAAGGAAGGCAUCAUGAUUCCUGUGAUGGAAUUCCGGCAGUUCUCUGAACAGCAGCCAGCGUUCAGAGUCCUGAAGCCGUGGUGGGAUGUGUUCACGGAUUACCUGUCUGUCGUCAUGCUCAUGAUUGGAGUCUUUGGAUGUACUCUUCAGGUAAUGCAAGAUAAAAUCAUAUGCCUUCCUCAGAGAGUUUCGUCACCUCCGGAGAACACAAGUGAAGUGGAAGUGAAGUCACUGUUGCAACCGCAAUCCAAUAUUUCAGCUGUACCAAGGGAAAUGACAGGCCUGAAAACCGAUCUGGAUCUUCAACAGUACAGCUUCAUCAAUCAGAUGUGUUAUGAGAAGGCUCUGCAUUGGUAUGCCAAGUACUUUCCUUAUUUGGUUCUUAUACACACUCUCAUUUUCAUGGUGUGCAGCAACUUCUGGUUCAAAUUCCCUGGCUCGAGCUCUAAAAUAGAACAUUUUAUCUCAAUGCUUGGCAAGUGUUUCGACUCUCCCUGGACCACACGAGCUCUGUCCGAGGUGUCCGGAGAAAAUCCUGAAGAAAAGGACCAUAAAAAGAGUGCCACUUCUAGAUCCAACAUCGCCGUGUCUCCCGGUGAAGGAAGUUUGGAGAAGACACAGUCUCUUCGGUCGAUCCCGGAAAAGAUUGUAGUUGACAAGCCGUCGGCAAGUGUCUUGGAUAAAAAAGAGGGUGAACAAGCUAAGGCUCUUUUUGAAAAGGUGAAGAAGUUUCGUUUGCACGUCGAGGAAGGAGACAUCCUCUAUCUUAUGUACGUUCGACAGACAGUGUUCAAAGUCUUUAAAUUCCUCCUGAUCAUUGCUUAUAAUAGUUCUCUAGUGAAUAAAGUGCGGAAUAGAGUGCGUUGCGAAGUCGAGAUCCAGGACAUGACAGGCUACAAUGACUUUGAAUGUAACCACACUAUGGCUCAUCUGUUUUCUAAGCUUUCUUACUGUUACUUGUGCUUAGUGGCUGUCUAUGGAUUAACAAGCCUUUACACCUCUUACUGGCUGUUCUACCGAUCACUGAAAGAAUACUCCUUUGAGUAUGUGCGACAGGAAACAGGCAUCAAUGACAUCCCAGAUGUCAAGAAUGACUUUGCUUUCAUGCUACACAUGAUUGAUCAAUAUGACCCACUGUAUUCGAAGCGAUUUGCAGUUUUUCUGUCCGAAGUCAGUGAGAACAAACUGAAACAGCUCAACCUCAACCAUGAGUGGACCGCGGAGAAAUUGCGUCAGAGACUGCAAACUAACGGCAAAGACAGACUUGAACUCCAGCUGUUCAUGCUCCCUGGGUUACCCGACACUGUCUUUGAGCUGACAGAGCUGCAGUCCCUCAAGCUAGAAAUCAUCAACAAUGUCACCAUCCCUGCCUCGAUCUCUCAGCUGGAAGACCUUCAAGAGUUGUCUCUUUACCAAUGCUCUCUAAAGUCGCACACAACAGCUACCUCCUUCCUCAAAGAGAACCUAAAAGUGCUUCGUGUGAAAUUCGAUGAUAACAGGGAGCUUCCGAACUGGAUGUAUGGCCUGCGCAACUUAGAGGAGCUCUAUCUCACUGGAUCUCUGAGCCCCGAUGCCUCCAAGAAUAUAGUUCUUGAGUCGCUGCGGGAGAUGAAGUGUUUGAAAACUCUUUCACUAAAGAGUAAUUUCACCAAGAUACCCCAGUCAAUAGUGGAUGUCUCGAGCCAUCUGCAGCGGCUGUACCUACACAAUGAUGGCACCAAGCUAGUAAUGCUCAACAACCUGAAAAAGAUGACCAAUCUGGUUGAGCUGGAUCUUGUGCGUUGUGAUCUGGAACGCAUCCCACAUGCAAUUUUCAGCCUAACGAAUCUGCAAGAGCUUGACCUGAAAGAGAAUAACCUUCGCUCAAUAGAGGAGAUCAUCAGCUUUCAACAUCUUCGGAAACUCACCUGCCUCAAACUUUGGUACAAUGGUAUCAUGUAUAUCCCGGAGCACAUCAAGAAGCUUGGCAGCCUAGAGCGCCUCUACUUCAGCCACAACAAGAUCGAGAUAUUGCCCUCUCACCUGUUCUUGUGCAACAAACUGCGCUACCUGGACCUGUCCAACAAUGACAUCCGGUUCAUCCCUCCAGAAAUUGGGGUUCUUCAGAGUCUACAGUAUUUCUCUGUCACCUGUAACAAAAUCGAAAACCUACCAGAUGAGCUCUUCUUUUGCAAAAAGCUCAAAACACUAAAGCUUGGCAAAAACUCACUCUCCAUUCUCUCGCCAAAAAUUUCCUACCUAGCUCUACUGACAUACUUGGACCUCAAAUGCAACCACUUUGAGUUCCUGCCACAAGAGCUGGGUUGCUGUCGUGCUUUGAAGCGCAGUGGCCUUAUAGUGGAAGACGCACUGUUUGAAACUCUGCCUUCUGAUGUCAGGGAUCAAAUGAAGGCUGAGUGAGAUGCCUUACUGUCGCCACAGUGCCUGCUGUGUGUUCUGUCUACCAAUUCAGAACUUUUGUUUUUUAUGAACUCAUUACCAUGCUUAAGUAUUCCACUACUGUUAAAAGUUGUUUUUUUCCUUUGAUGGAGAAAAAAUUACUUAUUCAUACAUUGUCACAAUAUGUGUGGCUUCAACAGGGCUGCUGUUAAGUUGUUAUUCACUUUUGACUAGGCUUGGGCGGUAUCACACUGUAUCACAUUACGUUAUACGUAUAGAAAUCAUGUUUUUUUUAGGGUUUUUAAUACCAUCAAAAGUAUAAGCCCCGUUUACAUUACACGCAUUAGUCUGACAAGUCACCCCACCCACUUAUUUCACCCUCGCAGACAGCGUGUCUCCUCUUACAACAAUCCCUUGCUGCUUUUUGCUGAUUAUGUAAACACCAUGCGAGUCCUACUGAUGUCAAGCCCACGGAGAAAAAAAAUGACUGCGAAAAUCAUCCAAUCAGCAUGAAGGCAAUUUCUGGACUAAAAUUCCCCAAAUAAAUCGCCCAUAGGGCCUCUUCCCCUAGCCACACCCAAUCAGACGAAUUACCCGGGUAAUGCGUGAAAUGGAAACGGGGUUAUUGAUGCUGCUCUUUCUAUUAAACUGACAGGUAGAUGGUGUAUAGUGGCGAUGUACUUCAGGUGGUUGGGAUAAAGUUACAGGACUAGUAGAAAAGUAAAAUGCCUCAGUUUGGGGGUAUUUUUGGGUUUAGUCCCAAAGAUAAAGCUGAGCCAGCCAACAAGGACCAUGCUGUUUCUGGGUUUUUUUGUCAAUUUAUUUUUUCAAAUUUAAAAGAGAAAGACAGAUAGCCGUUGAAAGUCAGCGGGCAGCCAGCACGGCACACCAAGUCAAGGCACCAUAUUUUCACAUCUCAGUCUGUGAAUUAAGGAUUUAUUUCAACGAGACCAGAGUUGGGGAUUGUUGGAACAUUAGAAAGACUAACCAAGACGGUAUUCAUGGGUUUUAUUUUGUUUCUGUCAACUUUGAAUGUAGUGUAAUUUAGAUGACUUAUGCUAAUAUGUUAAGCUAGCCUUAGUUUGGUGAAAGAAAGGAACUUGAAUUUAGAAGGUCUCAAUUUGUGUUUUCCUGUUUAAUAUGGAGAAUAGAUGUCUUUCUUGACAAGAGCUUGUGGAAUCACUGCAUAAACGUAUACAGUAUAACCAGUACUGAUGAAAUUUGGUAUUCUGUAUGAAAAAAAUUGAUAUGACUGUAUGAAAAAAAAAGAUGCCGCUCAAGCCUACUUUUGAAAUAUUAUCCAGCCACAAUUCCUUCUUAAAGGAACAAUUAAUGCUGAGACUUAGAUGAGAAAACUGACAGUAGGCAAUUGGCUUACCUAUGCACAAAGACCAUAAGUGAGAUAGAACAACGAGCCUGGCUCUGUCCUAAUUAACCAAUGCACACAUUAUAGCUUUUGUUUGAUCUGCACAGAAAUAGCCAUAUUUUGGCUGUUCCUGGAGUCUCUUAGUGAGCUUUAGGGGUGCUGGUAAGCAGAUUUUUUUUCAAAUAACUGCACAGAACCAGGCUAGCUACUUCCUCUUGCUUAUAGUGUUUAUGCUAAGCUACCCAUCUCUUAACUGUAGCUUCAUAUUUAGCAUACAGUCAUGAGUGACAUUGAUUUUUUCGUCUAACUCUCAGCAAGAAAGCAAAAAUGCAAUCUAUACAAUAUAUUUUAUUGCACAUUUCUUGUCACUGCUACAUGAAAUAAUUUGAUUCUUGAAUGUAAAUCUAAACUGAGGACCUCAAUUAAGUUUUGGCCAGUAGCCUUAUGUAUGCUAUAUGCUACGUAGACUGUUAGCUCACGUGGAUCGCAGCAGGGGAAAUGCAAAAAACAAAGGAUAUAUCUUACAUAAGUACAUGUAAUACCUUAGCUAAACAAUUCUGUAUCAUAGAAAGAUAUCAAUUUGAAGUGCAUUAAAACUAAAGGACUUUGUCAUACUAUUGUUGUUCUUCAGCUCUUGAAAUGUGCACAAGAUGUAUGCAGCCUAUUACAAAAAUGUAUUUUUAUAAACAGUAUGUUUUAUGUUGUUGGCCAAUAAAAAUGAUUUAUUUGUAAAUUA